AUGCAUAGAGAUCAUACUCAGACAGUGAGACUUGCCGUUCCAGUGGUCAUUCUCAGCCUGUAUUAUUCUACCAUGCCUAACUCAAGUGAUCGCGCCCCAACGGCCCAGCCAAAUGCCACACUGGAAGUCGCAGAUGGCACUAAACCACCGGCAUCUUCGGGAAAAGGCAACGAAGCAGAAAUUGCUUAUCGACCACCGGGUAAGUCUUUCUCAAAUUCAACCCGCUUCAGCCAGGCUGCUCAGACUGAUAAUGGACAUCCGUAUUCUGAUGGGCAUGCCUACGCAUCCUUCUGUGCACCCGGGAAUUUACACUCGGAUUCGAAUAUAAGUGGUUCGAGAUCAGUUCUACCAGCUUACCAACUUCACCCUAUUCUUUACGAGCAACAUCCUAUGCAACAACAAUUCAUCCCCACUGUCCUUCCUCACGGCGUUGUUUACCCUAUACAUGCAUUGUCAUCCUAUGCUCCAGCGACAAUGAACGCGAACAUGGCAUUCGGUGCCCCGUUCCCAUUUUAUGCGCCGUAUGUUCAGCAGCACCAGCAGCAGGACCCGCAUGUCCAACAUAGCACUCCCGGGUACCAGCCGUUGGCACCUAACUCGUCAAGCCACCUAAACGUCCGUACCCCCAGUCAGGCACCGUAUUCCCAGGAAUAUUAUUCGCAGACCUCGAGCGCGACGGCACCUAAACCUAGUCCCGCGCCGUCAAGUAUGUCGGAUUCCAAUCACCGGCCACUGCGCGGUCAUAUUGUCAAGACGGCCACCGAUCUGGGUAGGGGAAGCAGACAGACACACAGCAGCACGGACUAUGAUGUCGCGAAAACAAUAGUGGAUGGUUCCACGCCUAUGCGUUCCCAUCACUCCUCGACCGCAGAUGCAGCCUCGCAUUCGUCCCAGUCGCCCGGGCCAAACACGUUGCGUGGACCUUUAAGGAAGCCCAAGCAGUCGGGCCAUGCUUUGUGGGUUGGCAAUCUGCCUCCCGCAACCAAUAUUAUGGACUUAAAAGAUCACUUCUCCCAGGAGGCUACGAAGGAGCUGGUAAGCGUCUUUCUUAUCUCCAAGAGUAAUUGUGCCUUUAUCAAUUACAAAACGGCCGCUGCGUGCGCUGCUGCUCUGUCAAGAUUCAAUGAUUCUAGGUUCCAUGGCGCACGCCUUGUUUGCCGACUGCGACACGGAACCAUACUAGCCAGCUCGAGUCACGAAGCCAUAGGGUCUGCUACACCCUCGCCAUCUCAAGACCAGAGCGAUAGCAAGCAAUUGAUGAUUGGCGAUGAUACGGAAUCAGUUGCAUUCCGGAAAUUCGGAGAUACCAGACGCUCAAGUGCCCGGAUGACGAGCAGAUACUUUGUUGUCAAGAGCUUGACCGUGGAGGAUUUGGAACACAGUCGACAAACCAACAUCUGGGCUACACAAACUCACAAUGAGGAUCAAUUGAAUCAAGCCUACGAGAACGCAGAUGAUGUUUACCUGAUCUUCUCUGCUAAUAAGUCUGGUGAAUACUACGGAUACGCUCGUAUGAUGUCACCCAUACAGGACGAUGAGCGCUUGGCAAUAGAGGCACAACCGCGACCCAAUAGCAUGCCGAAUCUAGAAGAACCAGACAUUACUCCUACACCAGCAACGUCGACUGCCGCCAAGGGACGAGUCAUCAAUGACUCUAUACGGGGGACUAUAUUCUGGGAGGCGGAGUCUUCCGAGGAUGAGGGCGACAUGAAAGCCGACAGCGCAGGUACACAGACGGAGGAUACCAUUGGGCCGAGCCCACAGUUGAUCGGAAAACCAUUCAGGAUACGAUGGCUAUCGGGAACCCGGGUUCCAUUCCACCGUACCAGGGGAUUACGGAAUCCGUGGAAUGCGAAUCGAGAAGUCAAGAUAGCCCGUGAUGGAACCGAGAUCGAACCGGGGGUGGGAUGGAAACUCGUACAGUUAUUUCAUUCUGAUGCCCAAGAGUGA